GGAAAAUUUGAAAUUUGACGGAAAAUGAAUCAAAUCGAUCGUAUGAAAUGGGUUCUUGUGAUAAUCUGGGUUGGAAUAAACUCUCUUAUUUUUGGUCUAACUUUUCAUCAAUACGACACCAGUAAAGAUUAUUAUUAUCUUCGUGUAUUGACCAAGUCUGGUUUGGCAUGGGCAAGAGCAUCAGCUGCAGUUAUUAAUUUCAAUUUUUUAAUUCUUCUUCCUGUCUGUCGAAACAUGUUGUCAUUUCUUGAGGUUGUUGUGGAAUGGGUCACAAUUUACAAGUUUAUUGAUAAAAAUAUCACAUUUCAUCGAGUCAUUGCCUCAUUGAUAUGUUUCUUCACCACCAUUCACAUCGGAGCGCAUCUUUUCAACUUUGAGAAUCUUAUUGAUGCUUAUGGUCGUGACUCUAAGGAUCUGCGCUUUCAUUUGAGUGAUCUGGGGGAUUCUGGGAAUGAUACUUACAUCAACCCUAUAAGAAAACAAGAUGCAGACCCUCCAACUGAAGUCUUUAAGACUGUUGCAGGUGUUUCAGGCUUUAUAAUGACAUUAGUACUGGUACUCAUGGUUACGUCAUCAACAGGACUUCUAAGACGUUCGUACUUUGAAGUCUUUUGGUUCACUCAUCAUUUAUUUAUUAUUUUCUUCGUUGGUUUGAUUGUUCAUGGCAUGCAAGGUUUAAUACGUCGACAGACAAAUGUUAAGGAACACGAUCCUGAAUUUUGUCAAUUAUCACCAAAAUGUCAAAUUGAUCCUCAUUUUGAGUCCGCGGGACCACAGUCGUGGAAGUGGAUAGUAGCUCCGUUGUCGCUAUAUUUCAUUGAAAGAUUUAUUCGUUUUCUUAGAUCUUUACAAACUGUCACUGUAACCAAGAUUGUGAAACAUCCAUCAAAUGUUAUUGAAAUUCAAAUGAAGAAAUCUGGGUUUUCAUAUUUACCUGGUCAGUAUGUGUUUCUUCAAUGUCCAAAAAUUUCUCAUUUGGAAUGGCAUCCAUUUACUCUUACCUCCAGCCCAGAGCAAGAGACGUUUUGCGUUCAUAUUCGCACUGCUGGCGACUGGACAAUUGCUCUAUCGAAUACCUGCACUGGAGGGGGAAUAGAAACAAAUAAUCUUAAUGAUCUACCAAGAAUAUCUGUCGAUGGACCAUUUGGGACCUCCAGUACUGACUAUUUUAAAUAUUCCGUUUGCAUGUUUGUUGGUGCUGGUAUUGGCGUGACGCCUUUUGCUUCUAUUUUGAAGUCGAUUUGGUAUCGUCAUGAACACAACUGUGCCUCGCUUCAGAUUAAAAAGAUAUAUUUUUACUGGAUUUGUCCUGAUACUAACGCAUUUGAAUGGUUUGCGAAUUUACUUAAUCGUCUUGAAAUCCAGAUGGUCGAAAAGGGAAACGAAGGCUUCCUUGAACUCAAAAUUUACCUCACUCGAGGAUGGUCAAAUGAAGAAGCUCGCAAUAUCAUGAUUCGGAACGAAAGACAAAAUGUCGAUGUUAUCACUGGUUUAAAACAAAAAACGCAUUUUGGUCGACCGGAAUGGAGCAAUAUCUUCAAAACAAUUUCCGAAAACAAUCCAAGCACCGAUGUUGGAGUUUUUUUCUGUGGACCAAAGACUUUGUCUCAUACUCUGCAUUCUUUAUGCGAUGAACACAGUAAAUUACACGAAGGAAUGAAGUUUCAUUAUAAUAAGGAAAAUUUCUAAAUUAUAAAUAGAAAUACUUUCGAUAUUUAUCUUACCUUACCAAGAAAUACCGUAGGAAUACUGAGAAUCCGGUGUCGUAUUUCAUAUAAACGUUACAAAUUCGUACUCUUCAAUCAUACAUUUUUAGUUGUUAUUUGACUUUUCAAAUUUUAAAUGUUUUAGAAGUACUGAUCAUGAUUUGACAUAAUAAUUAUAAUACUGAAUCAUGAAAUAAUUUUGUAAGCGAAAAUAAAAAUAGAAAUCGAAAUUGUUAUCAGUCAUGAUGACACACACGCUUA